AUGUUGUUGCUAAACGACACCUUAUUUGUCAGAGACUUUGAUUCCGUCGAUGAAUUCAGUCAUGAACUUCAAUACGACAGCGAGCUGAGAGAAUUGGUUGAGGAUGGAAAUGUGAGACUUGAAAUGAAUCGGGUAAGGGUGUUUUUGCGAGCUUAGAAGUCAAGUUACACAUCUCCAUUAUGGUUAUUUAUUUUUAAAAUUUUUUCAGCAGAUCCGAAAUGAAGUCUGGGAUACGAUAUGGCCUUCAAUCUUCAUUGCACUUCUCAUUUACUGUCUUUGUGCCAUUUUAUGGCUGCUUUAUAAUAUCAAGGAGUAUCGAAAACAACGGAGGAAGAUCAAGGAGGAGAUGAGGAAUUGGGAGAAGGAGAAGAUGUAAGUUGAAUAUAUCGAAAAAUAAAAAGUUUGUAACAUCCGCGACGAUAUGGCAGUAAGCCAUUUCUUUGACCGUACGACUAAAAACUUUAUAAUGGAGAUUUUAGAAAAUACCUCGAGAUUUACCACCAAAUCCCAAUUCAGGACGUCGAAGCGGGGACUUCGCGUACAGAACAUACCGAACUAAUCUCGACCACGCCGGUGACAAUCGACGAAGAGGCUUAG